AUGGUGCUCGAUAAUAUACCGCGAAUCGAUUUUGCCCUUCCGUUCUUUUUGCCGUGCUGGCAUAGUGUCGCUGGACGACUCCUUCGAUCCUGUUCUUUGCCGUCAAUGAGAACCGGCAGCCUCCUCUCAUUCUGUAUCCUUAUUGUCGGCAUCUUCGCUUUUGAACCGAUCGUCGCUCCUCCAACCGUGCCUGUAACCAUCUUCCAGUCUGUGCCCAACAAUCACACGGACGAUCCCAACCCCAAUCCUUUUUCGGGCCAGCCUACACCGACGGCGCUCCCGUCUGUCUCCAUAGUUGUCAUUUGUGCGGCCAAUGCCGUUCCAAGCGGCGUCGAAUGCGUCCCCAAGCAUUCGGAAACAACAACAAAGACAAUUCAGAGUGCGAGUGACUUUGAAACGUCGUCUGCUGUGGUAUCUUUUCACCCCCAGACGAACAUUCCCUCCAGCUCCACGCCUGCUAAGGACACCAUUCCCAAUGCUCUCAAUGUACAAUUGCUGGUUGGCUUGGGAGUCGCAGUCGCCUUCAUCUUGGCUGCCAUCAUCUUCCUUCUUGUGCUCUUUUUUCGACGGAAAGACAACCACAGGAACGAGGACCGCCAUUCGCGGGCGAAGGACGCAGAAAUGGGUGGAUUAGAUCUGCUUGCGCUCGAGAUUACACCGUUCGACACCAUUAACACGACUCGUGCUCAGGCCAUGGGUAUCAUGAUGGCGCGAGCUCCGCCUCCAUUGUCAGAACCGGUUUCCAGUCUGCUGGUGACUCGUCCCAUAGCUUCACCGCCUUCAACUCAGAAACAUGCACAUCGUGAGGAGAAGAAGAAGACUAUCAAGUCAGCACAAGACCACUCGCCAAACAUGCGACCACUGAGUGAAGAUGCUGACGAUUUGAACAAGGCUCCGCCGCCAUUGUAUAGAGAGUCUGGACUGGGCUGGCAGCUUCAGGACUGCGAAUCCGUUCAUUCCGUAGUCAGUUCUACACCCGUCAUUCGCAGACACUCCAGAACGACCUCAAGCAAUGCCGUUCCCGUAGAUUUGGAUGUGGACACGAAAACUGUUGCAAUCGAAUCCGGUGCUGCUUGA